AUGCUGCUGUCUUUAUCUAAAAAUUCUACAGCGAAAGACCCCUUAUUGUUUGAUAUCAGACUGAACAACACGGAUCACGAUGUUUUGUUGGUAAAGGGUCAAGCGGAUGAGGCGAAUGCGGUUUUGUUAACAGGCACUAUAGUAUUAUCUGUUCUCGAGCCUAUUCAGAUUAAGAAUCUCAAUCUAAGACUGUUUGGGAAGCUACGUUUGGACAUACCUACCACCUAUAAGGCUAACGGUGUGGUUACGAAACGGUAUACUAAAUACGAAAAGAGAUUAUUCACCCAUCGGUGGGACCCGUUUGACAUCGACGACUACUUUGACCAUCUUUAUGAUAACUACGACAAAAAGAAGUUAAUAUCCAAUAAAUCUGCAACAAACCUGAACGGACUGCAAAGGAAGAGUAAAUCAAGUACCUCGCUAUUGUCACUGGGAUCAUCCAGUGGUUCGAAUUCUCAUACGUUAGUGAAAGGUAACUACGAGUUCCCAUUUAGUGCGAUACUGCCUGGUUCCAUAACAGAAAGUGUGGAAGGCUUACCACAUGCAUCGGUAACGUACCAAUUGGAAGCUACCAUUGAAAGACCUAGAAUGGGGGAUCUGAUCUGUCGUAAACCUUUGCGAAUUGUAAGAACUUUAUCCCCCGAUGUUGUGGAACUAUCGGAAACAGUAUCUGUUGAAAACACAUGGCCAAAGAAAGUUGACUACUCGAUAUCUAUCCCAGCCAAGGCUGUUGCCGUUGGUUCUGCAACACCCAUUUACAUAAUGCUAGUUCCACUUUUAAAGGGAUUGAGAAUGGGUAGUGUGAAAAUUACCUUAGUAGAAAGCUCACAAUACCUGGGCAACGUUGGUAACGUGACUUUACAAGAAAGAGUUGUGACCAAAAUGAAGGUGAAAGAUCCCUUAGGGCAUGUUGCGCAGAUGAGCAACAAAAAUGCUAUUGGUGAUGGCAGUGGAGAAAGGGAGGAAGUGUUUGAUUUCCAAGAUAGGUGGGAGAUAGAAACAAUUCUCAACGUUCCUCCCAGCUUAUCAAAAUGCACUCAAGACUGUAACGUCACUUCCCACAUCAAAGUACGUCAUAAACUGAAAUUUGUGAUAACUUUGAUUAAUUCCGACGGUCAUGCUUCUGAAUUACGCGCGGCCCUCCCAGUCCAACUGUUCAUCUCCCCAUUUGUCACUGUUGGAGUUAAAUCCACGGCAACAUUAGAAAAAGAGAGAGGUGUACAGCAUUGGUCUCCUAUUAAUCAUCAAGACGUCAGUGUCUCUUCAGAACAGAUUGCUCAUGAAGGGGAUGGUGAUGAUGAUGAUAUCUUAUUUGCAAACGCAAGUUCAGAAAUAGAGUUACAUGCCGGGUCCUUAGAAAACAACUUUUUGUCACCCACUGCAAUAUCCGAAUUAAUGACUCCCCCAAAUUACGAACAACACAUUUAUGACAGGCUGUGGGGUGAUAUAAAUAGCCAAAGUGAAUCGGCUAGCGGGAGUAUGACCCCGCUAAACAGUAUGCUGCAAACACAUACUGUAGUAGAUGACCAUGCAAUGGAUCACCUUAAUCACAGCCUAGAAGAAUUCAAUUUGAUGAGGGAAUCAUCAUCAACCCCAGUAUAUGUUCCAGCCCAAACAAAUCCCUUCAGAGACGCACAGUUUCCAAGCUUCGCAGUUUCAGAUCCAGAUAACCACAUUUCAGCUGAUAUUUUGGAGAGCCCCGCAUUCACUCCUGGUUUUGACCAUAUCUCUAGGACGAACUCUUUUAUCAAUUUACAUGCCCCUUCACCUCUUCCGAUGAAAAAAGUACUUGAAGCAGCGGAAUUGAAUAGAUUACCUCCAUAUCAAAGAGCAGUAAAGUCAGAUAUAAUUGUAGACGAUCUGCCCCCAUCAUACCCGACCGAGAAUGCAACACACGAAUGCCCCUCACAACAACUGGGAGAACCAAAGGGACCUGUGCUGGAGAAGCCACCUUCAGUGCGUCACAGGUCAUCGUCGUUUUUAACCCUGCCAAGAAAUCAACGUUCUCAGGCGUCCCUGAGCAGAAGUAAUAACAGUUCCACCAACUCUUUGAAUUUGUUGACAAACAAUAGUACCGGAGGCUCUCUUACAGUCCCUGAACCAUCAUGUUCCUCUAACGCUCCGCUGCAUAAAGUGUUCAACCCGAGCAAAAAAUUGUCAUUUACCAUGACACCCGUCAUGUCAAGCUCAAAAACCACAGAAGGAACAUCUCCGAGCAGUUCCAGUCGGAAGACAUCACAAUCAUCUUCUUCGACCAGCGUUCAUCAACAAUCAGCCUCCUUCCCUGCAUUCAUAGACCUCUUUUCAAAAAAAUGA